AACCGUAGAAUUUUACACACAUACAAAUAUACGUGCAUAAGUAAGUUGUAUAGUAUAUAAUAGAUAGAAUACUUAAUUCAAAUUUCAGUGGAUCAUUCACAACAUAGGUUGUAUAUAACCCACAAGAUGAUGAGGGUACUCCCCGAAGGUAUGCAGUUGGGUGUCGCUUCAGCCGCAUACCAGAUCGAAGGUGCUUGGAAUGUAUCAGAUAAAUCACCAAGCAUCUGGGAUACAUAUAGUGAUAUACCUGGCACAAUUAAAGAUAACACGACCGGCAAAGACGCGUGUAAAUCCUAUGAAUACUAUCAAAGAGAUAUUGCUAUGCUUAACUUUCUAGGAAUAAUGUUUUACCGUUUCUCAAUAUCAUGGCCGAGAAUUCUGCCAAAUGGAUUCGCGAAUAAAAUAAGCAAGGACGGAUCUACAUAUUACAAUAAUUUGAUUGACGAGCUUUUAGCAAACGGAAUCGAACCGGUGGUCACAAUGUACCAUUGGGAUUUGCCUCAAAGUCUACAAGAUUUAGGUGGUUGGACGAAUCCUUUGAUCGCGGACUGGUUUGAGGAUUACGCACGUGUUUUGUAUGACUUGUAUGGGGAUAGAGUGAAGACGUGGAUCACUUUGAAUGAGCCGAAGCAAAUCGGUGUUUACGGUUAUGGCGCAACGAGAAUGGCUCCAGGUAUAAACGCCCGUGGUAUAGGGGAGUACUUGAGUACGAAGAAUAUGUUGAUGGCACACGCUAGAGCUUGGCAUUUGUACGACAAAGAGUACAGGAGCAAACAAAAUGGUAAAAUUGGCAUAACUAUAGCUACGGACUAUCGCGAAGGUAUGACAGAUGAUCCAGACGAUGUUCAGGCUGGUAUAGACGCUAUGGAUUUUGAGGUCGGCAUGUAUAGUCAUCCAAUAUUCAGUGAGAAAGGUGGAUUCCCUGAAAGGGUGAUAAAAUUGGUGGGAGAGAAAAGCAAGCAGCAGGGAUACCCUGAAAGUAGAUUACCAGAAUUCACGAAAGAAGAAACUGAAUUUGUUAAGGGGACCAGUGAUUUUUAUGGUUUUAAUCAUUACUCAACCAAGUUUUACACACGUAAGACAUACAAGGAAGGAAUAUACCCUGUGCCUUCGUACGAUGACGACCUCGGAGCCGAGUGGUCGCUACUAGACUAUACACCCGCCAUUUUACCACAUUGCACUGAAAUUCCUCAUGGUAUUAGGAAAGCUUUGAAAUGGGUGAAAGACAAUUGUAACAAUCCCCCAAUAAUGAUUACUGAAAAUGGUUUUGGAACUCUCAGCGGAUUACAAGAUGAGGCGAGAAUAUCAUACCUAGUCAAAUAUUUUAAUUCGAUACUGGACGCUAUAGAGUACGACAAAUGUAACGUCGUAUGUUACACUCUAUGGAGUAUUAUGGACAAUUUUGAAUGGGAUAGUGGAUUAAGUGCAAAAUUUGGUAUAUUCGAAGUAGAUUACAAUGACGAAAAACGGACCAGGAGACCAAGGGCGUCUGCGUUUUGGUAUAAGAAUUUAGUCGCUACAAGGAGUCUGAAACCUGAAUACAGACCUACUUUAGAAGAUAUCUCAUUUUGAAAUCAAUUGACUACUUGAUAGUUAUCAAUGAAUUUUGAAAUGUUGGAAAUGGUGAAUUUUAUGUAAACAAUCACUAUUUGGUAUUAUUGUUCUAAAAUAAAUUAUAAGCUUAUUUUAUUUAUUACAAAAUCCACUUGCUAUUUAUAAUUUGUGGAUUACAAGCAACGAAACGUGGGCCGUCAUGACGGAGCGUCAGUGACGUCACAUUUCAAUAAACGAGUGUAGCCGUACUCUUAUAUAUUGAAAUGUGACGUCACAGUUCGAAAUGUCACGUGACAGAUUGCUUUACCAGGACAAUGUAAAAAUUUAAAUAUAAAUAUGCUUUUCUUUUAUUUACUAUUAAUAA